AUGGUAGUUUCACGGGUCACCCGACUUCGUUCUGUGAGAAUAGAAUCCAGGAGAAAUGCCAGUUUCUUUAAGAAGCUCUUGUUUUUGGACGAUUCUGAUUCGAAAGAUGCCAACACCAAAUUUUACAAAUGGGACGAAUCUCCCUAUGAUGACAUUCGUACCCGAGCAGCUUUCAUCAGGACCAAGGCCCUAUGUCCCGUGACCAAGAAGCCGGUAAACUUUGUGUGCCCCUACUCAGGCAUCCCCACGCAUCAUUCGAAGGAGGCAUGGGAACAGGAUGAGGAAUAUCAUAGCAAGAAAAAGUAUGAGCUUUUGAAGAAGGUCAAUUUGUACGAGCACGAUUUGCGGUCGGGUCGUCAGUUCGAUGAGUUUGUGUUUCCCGGCGAACAGGAGCACGAUUUCACCAUAAACAUGUCUACUUGGGAUACGUUUUUCUACACGAGAGAUUUCAAUCCGAUGAAUACCGAGUUCAACUUGGCGGCUGCCUCCAAGGUGUUGACAUACCCCAUUACGAUGGCCUCGGUAAUGACGCAUUUCUCCCCAUACAAUUUGCAACCUCAUGGACCAAUAACACUUGAAGGACUUCGGUCUUUGUCUGCUUUACGGUACACUCUAUACCCUCCCUAUAAACAGACUAGAGACACUAGUGCCGUUCUGUUCAAAGAAAGACCAUUGAGAAUCUUCAUAUUGGGAGCUAAGAUGGAGGCGAUGUUGCCUGGCUACGUUUGGAAACAAUUUGGCUACUUGUUUCCCGAUUCUAAAUUCGAAAUCCACUUUAUUGGACCCGAGUGCUACUUUAAUCCUGAUACUCGCUCGUUCACACCAACCUCAGAACCAUACGGCAGGCCCCAUGUCAAGAGAUAUGAUGAGCAGCUUACCUUGCACUACCAUACCAAAUACUUUCACGAAGUUUACGAUAUGGGAGACCUCUUCCCAUUUGACCCAUACCUUGAUAUAUUCUUUUUAUUCCACCCUGGAUUCCAAACUGCCAAUAAGAUCCACUGGGAUCAGUCGCUCAAGGGUUUACUUGAGUCCAAGUGCGCGGUGUUCGUCACUGGGUACCACGAAGAAGAUACUAGAAGAGAACUUCUGUACCUCCAGAACCACCCGCUCGCUGACGAAAUCGAUAUUCUCAUGAACCAAUCCAAGAACAUUUUCGGAUCCACCAAACUUGAUUUGGUAGACUCGAACCCCACGGAGACAUUCCAAGCGAACAACGAAAUGUUUGCUUUCAGAGGUAAGAGAUACCAUGCCAUCAAAAAAUAG